AAAAACGUCUUCGACUUUUUUUCCCCUCUUCCGUUCUUCUUUUAAUUUCUUCUCGCUUCACAACGACUAAUAAGUUUGCUGAUCGCGUUACGCCCGGACUUAGGCUGACGCUGUUAGCAGCCGCUUAGGAACCUGCAGCGGGGGUAUCAUGCUCAUACAGAAGAUGCGUGUUUUCCUGUUGAAGACUACUCGUCGUCUCUAUAGCCAAAUUGACUGAUUUUAUCUUAAAAUCCAAACAAGAAAACGUGAAGAGGACAUUGUUCCUUCUGACAUUUACUAUUUCUCAUCUUCAGUUUACUCAAUAUAUAUAUAUUUUACCCUGGCGGAAUGAUUUUUUCGGUCACUAAUUUGCCUUUUUCUUUUCUCUCUAUAUAUCGCACCCCCGUUUUGUUCUUUUCUUGAACUACAGCUUUUGGGCGACAAAAUAAAUUGUUCGGUCUACCUGUUAGCAGGUGUUUCCCACGUUGCGCAUUAACAGCCUUUAGAUAACACCUACAUGCCGGUAGGAUGCAUCCAGCGAAAUAAAUUAAAGCGCGUUUUAUUUAAUUUUUUUCUGGAAAACAUGAUGGUUUUUAUUUCUUGCGUGUCUUUCAGCUUAACAUACGGUUUUGAAGCCGAUGCACUUCGUUCGAGGAGUAUUUGUGUACUUAAAGCUGUGUGAAUGAGAUUCCUGAUACCAACCAUAUUUUUUGUUGAAGAUCGCCUUUUCCCUGGAGAGAAAAUGAAUCGCUGCCGAGAUACGCCCAGAAGCAAAUGUAAUAUAAUAGUGAACAUCAUAGACAUUUAAGUCCGCGUUCAUACUGGAAAGUACAUGUGACACAUCAGAACAUUACGUGUGGAAUCGCUGUUUGUAAAUUAUAACAAUGACUUUAUUAGGCGUUUGAGAUCUGUUCGGGAUUACUGUUCUUAAAAGUGAUAGGAAUAAUCUGGGAAUAAAAAUCCCGCGCUGGCGGGAGGGGGGUGGGAGAGGAAAAGAUUUUCGUCUGGAAGUUGUUUCAUCAAAAAGCCGUCAAACUGGCAAUGGCCGCAGCGAUCGCCAGCUCCCUUAUUCGGCAGAAGAGGCAGGCGAGGGAGCGGGAGAAAUCCAAUGCCUGCCGCUGCGUUAGCAGCCCGAAUAAGGCCAAGGGGAGCUGCGAGAAACCCAGCCGACUCAGUGUCUUUUCCCGUGUGAAACUCUUUGGGUCGAAGAAGCGGAGAAGGCGGCGACCAGAGCCCCAGCUGAAGGGAAUAGUGACGAAGCUGUACAGCCGGCAAGGGUUCCAUCUGCAGCUUCAGGCCGAUGGAACCAUAGAUGGAACCAAGGAGGAAGACAACAGCUUCACAAUAUUCAACCUCAUUCCAGUCGGGCUCCGAGUGGUUGCCAUCCAAGGUGUACAGACCAAGCUAUACCUAGCGAUGAACAACGAGGGCUUCCUGUACACAUCAGAACACUUCACACCAGAGUGCAAGUUCAAGGAAUCAGUAUUUGAGAACUACUAUGUAACCUACUCCUCCAUGAUCUACCGGCAACAGCAGUCUGGUAGAGGCUGGUAUCUGGGGCUGAACAAAGAGGGAGAGAUCAUGAAAGGAAACCAUGUAAAGAAGAACAAACCAGCAGCUCACUUCCUUCCCAAACCCCUGAAAGUGGCCAUGUACAGGGAGCCCUCACUGCAUGACCUGACUGAGUUCUCACGGUCUGGAAGCGGCACACCCACGAAGAGCCGGAGCGCGUCGGCCAUGCUGAACGGCUGCAAGGUCGUGAGCCAGAAUGAGUCCACGUAGCUGGGCCGCCGGGCCGCCGGGCCGCUGGGCCCUGGGCUUGGGCAAGACUCCUACUGUACUCUUACCUCUGGAGGUUGAUGACUUCAAGCAGACGUCCCUUUUGCCCACUCAAACCACCAUCGGUUCAGGACAGAGAUAAGCGCAGCACAACCUAAUCAGACUAACAGUAUUGUUUCCUUAUUUUUUUCUUGGUUUGUUUGGAUAUUAUUCUUUUCAAAAUCUGCAUUUAUGACAAUUUGCUUCCUGACGAAAGGUCAGAAAAGCCAGUUAUCUUUGGUAGUUUACUCUUGUAAAGCUGAGUCAUUAUCGCAUUUUGCGGUUUCCUCCCCUUGAGGAUUCCUACUUUAUUUGACCGGGGUAGAUAGUAGUAGUGUCACUGGUUACUUCUAUUGCGGCGACAUGGCCUGUUGUGGCCCACGAGUCCCUUGGCAAAGGGAGGCAGUGACCUUGCAGUGUUUACAUUUUAACCAUCCUCUUGCAUGAGAAAUACAAAGACUUUCAGAUGACCUGAUAUAAAAUAGGGGAUUGGGUGGGGCCUGUUGUGUCUUAAGACUUAGAAGCCGUGCCUCCUCCCGCUUGCUAAUUUACGAAAUUAGCUGUGAGUUAAUUUUUUUCGUUCCUCCUUUUUUGCCUCCUCGGUGUGGAUGCGUCGCCGUUUUGCCGGGUCUCGUUACCCGAGGCAGUGGUGUGACUGAUUUACUUUGUGCCAGAGCACAGAUGCAUGUUCCAUAACAGUGUAAAAAACGACAAACGAGAUGAAGAGAAUGAUGGUAGAUUGCACGUGGUUCAGUAUUAUUUGAAGUGUUGGAGAUGGGAUAUGGUUUGAUCAUCGUGAGUUCCCUUUUGUUUAAAUCGUGUCAGGUUACGCCUGUCAUAGGUGUCUGUUUGCCACCGAACGUUUGUGUCAGACCCCAACCUUUGUUGAAAACCAAUGAAUGACUCUACUCACCACUGAUAUCAGGAGAGGUCCUCACCCCAGCCACUGUUUUCUAGUUAAAAAGUGGUCACAAUUUUGUAUGAAAACAAAGUGAAUACUGUGGAAUUUCAAGUGGCUGAACAUUUUUAUAAGUUGUGUCUGAUUUGUAAAAAUAGAGUAAAGUUGAAAGGGAGAAAGAACCCUCCCCUUUCUGGCACUAGACGUGGACAAACAAACCGUCGUAUACAGCAAAGACCCUUUUUUGUGGGCUAAGUACUCUGUACCUUGACCAACAUAUCUCCUUCAUGCGUGCUUACAGGGAGGUUCUUGUUUAUAAUCUAGACUCAGUUAAUUUUUUAGGUGAACGUAUCUGUUGCAUGGGAAACAGCUGGGACUUCUGGAAUAGAGCUGCAUGAUGUAGGCUAUGUGUACUAACCCAUGUUGGAUCAUUUGUUCCAAUUGUAUCAGGAUCGAACCCAUAUGACAUCCAAGCAGGCAUUCGGCUUGGUACCUUCCAGACGUUUAUUAUUUGUUGUAUACACAAAAUGCACUGAAUAAAAUGUUUAUAUUAAGAUAUACUUUUAAAAA